CUCCUUCAGCAUCUUGCAUACGUUUAAAACAUCCAGAAUUAUUACCGUACCUGCCGUGUUGGAGUUGCAGCUACAUGGUUAACCAAUUGUACUGUUGUUGCGGUAAUAAAUACAUCUAAAACAAUGUGCUGUUGAUGCAUUUUCAGUUUUCACGCGUCGCUAAAUUGUUUUAUACCCCUGCGCCCUAAAAGCAUACACUUGUGUUUUGUAGCUGAGCACUCCGCACAGCUCACGUCACUUGCGGUAAAGUAGAAUAUUUCCUGCGCCCGUACUGCGGUCACUACGGCCGACCGUUGGCCACACCAGAGCACGUGACAGCAGCAGCACUGAGGGAGAGACCGGGCGGCCGGAUCAUCUCCAUCACCGCAGAGCGGAUGAAGCGCCGGUCACAUUCAGAGCAGCAUCACGGGAAAAGGCCCCGUUUUCCCGGCGCGGCAGCCUCCACCUCACCGCAAGACGAAAUGGAGGACAAAACACCGUCAAAUCCGCGGGAACUCACCCAAAACCCCCUCAAGAAGAUCUGGAUGCCGUGUAAAAAUGGCCUUCCUGAAAAACAUAUUUCUCAAAGAAAGGUAUGCAUGACCAACUGUCCCACCCUGAUAGUGACAGUGGGCCUUCCUGCCAGGGGGAAGACCUAUAUCUCCAAGAAGCUGACCCGCUAUCUUAACUGGAUCGGAGUGCCCACCAGAGAGUUUAACGUCGGGCAGUACAGGAGAGAGUUUGUGAAGAUCUACAAGUCCUUCGAGUUCUUCCGUCCAGACAACGAAGAGGGGUUAAAGAUCAGACGACAAUGUGCCUCAGCAGCGUUGAACGAUGUGCGGCAGUAUCUCACAGAAGAAGGAGGCCAAGUGGCGGUUUUUGAUGCAACAAACACCACCAGAGAAAGGAGGGAAACCAUCGUCCAGUUUGCAGAGCAGAAUGGAUUUAAGGUGUUCUUCGUGGAGUCUGUGUGUGAAGACCCAGAUGUCAUACAGGAGAACAUAGUGCAAGUGAAGCUGGGUAGCCCCGACUACACCAACUGCAACACAGACGAAGCCGUGGAAGAUUUCUUGAAGAGGAUCAAGUGUUAUGAAAACUCCUACGAGACGCUGGAUGAAGUCCUGGACAGGGACCUGUCCUACAUUAAAAUCAUGGACGUGGGUCAGCGGUUCUUGGUCAACAGGGUGUUGGACCACAUCCAGAGCCGGAUUGUCUACUAUCUCAUGAACAUUCACAUCACGCCGCGCUCCAUCUACCUGUGCCGCCACGGCGAGAGCGAGCUCAACGUCAACGGUCGAAUCGGAGGAGACUCGGGCCUCACGCCCAGGGGCAAAGCGUUUGGAAAGAAGCUGAGCCAGUUCAUCCAGACGCAGGGCAUCAGCGACCUGAAGGUGUGGACCAGUCAGAUGAAGAGAACCAUCCAGACAGCCGAGGCUCUCGACGUGCCCUACGAACAGUGGAAGGUCCUGAACGAGAUUGAUGCGGGUGUGUGUGAGGAGAUGAUGUACGAGGAGAUCCAGGAUCACUAUCCUCUGGAGUUUGCUCUGAGGGACCAGGACAAAUACCGCUAUCGGUACCCGAAAGGAGAGUCCUAUGAGGACCUGGUGCAGCGGUUGGAGCCGGUCAUCAUGGAGCUGGAGCGGCAAGAGAACGUGCUGGUCGUCUGUCACCAGGCCGUCAUGCGCUGCCUGCUGGCCUAUUUCCUGGACAAGACGGCAGAGGAGCUGCCCUACCUGAAGUGCCCGCUGCACACCGUGCUGAAGCUAACGCCAGUGGCCUACGGCUGUAAGGUGGAGUCCAUCAGCUUGAAUGUGGACGCAGUCAACACACACAGAGAAAGACCAGAGAAUGUGAACAUCCAUCGUACAACUCAAGACGCCCUGCACACCGUCCCUCCUCACGUCUGACAGUGAGACCUCUCGCUUCCUUUCAACAGACUCUUGUGAUUGUAUCACUGUUCAUGUCCUCACAUCCUGCUCUCAGGGGAGACCGCCCGGGUGAUGUGCCUCCUCUUCCUCCUUCAACAUCUCUGCCCCAAACACACACACACACACGCGCACACACGCGCACGCACACACGCACACACGCACACACACACCUCUGUAACCCUUAUGUCCAUCUUUUUUGAUCUGAAGGAGCUCAACGUGAAGCAUUUGUGUGUUGCUAUAUUGUGCAGCAGUAGAACUAACACUGAGGUAUUAAUCUUGUGGUUUUAUCAAAUGAUCUUUCUGCUACAUGCUCUCGCAUCAUCAUGGAGCUGUAUCAUGCAAUCAUUGUUUUAUGUAACGGCGUCUUCAGUGAUCAUUUAAAAUGUAAAUGCUACAAACCUACUUGGAAAACAAUACUAUGAAGCUUUUGACUAUGUUGUGAUUCAAUGAAUAAAUGGGUCAUUAUUAUUUUACUCAGAUGGGUUGAAUUAAAUGAUGGCUUUCUUCUGAUGAUUCAGACCUUUAAUGAAAUUAGAACAAUGUUAAUGUGUAAAUCACAUGGUAUUAAAUACAAUAUCAUUUGUUGAUGUGUGUCAUUUAUUCAAAAUGUGCUUUCUCAAUGAAUCCAUUCAUUUAGUCUAUAAAAUGUCAGAAAAUAUAAGACAUUCAACAAUGUUUUGUUUGAACUGUGUGGUGCCAUUGAAGACUCAAUAAACCAACUAAUAU